UUGACGUAAGCUGGGCUCUUUUUUGGUACCGAGCGGAGAGGAGAUGCACACGGCACUCGAGUGAGAGUGCGUAAUUCAGAAGUUGGAAACCCCCCUCGAACGGUAGCAUCAGAACUGGGGGCCAAGCAGAAAGAAACGUAUGCUGGGGACCAGAAGUAAGGGGAUAAUGCGAGUCCACGUGCACACCAAGUUUUGUUUCCUGUGUGUGCUCACCUUCCUCUUCCAUCAGUGUAACCACUGCCAUGGAGAAGAACAUAGCCAUCAACAUGGUGGACACCCCCACGCCGACCACGUCCACUCCGACCUGCAGAUUUCCGAGGAUUCGUACGUGAAAGGAGCCACUUUUUCGCCUGACUCCAAGAGUCCUCCAGGGCAAACUCUAGAGCACGAACAGCACUACUACAUACAACAGCUGUUCAGCCGCUACGGCCAGAAAGACCGGCUCGAUUUUGAAGGAUUUAAGAGUCUACUUUUCAGCUUGGGUCUUGGGGAAGUGAAGUUGGUAGACGCGCACCACGAGGACCUGGGCCAUGACCACGUGGCUCACCUCGACCUGGUGGAUGUGCAGAAAGGGCAUCACUCGCACGCAUCCACCACUGAUGGCCAAGGGCAUGGACAUCCGCACCACAAGCCCGGCUCCCACCAUCCACACACGGAACAGAAUGCCACAAAGUGCACCCAGCAGACCACUGUUGCCAGUCCAGGUACGGGUGCACAUACAGGACAUGUCCAUGACCACGACCAUGACCAUGACCACGGUCAUGAAUCAGGACAUAGUCAUGAUCCACCCAAGGUAGAGGAUAGUGAGCAUAAACAUUCUGGCGGACAUGUGCAGGACAAACACGGCCAUGUCCACAACCAUGAUCAUGGACAUGACAAAGAGCACAAACAGGAGCAGGCACAUGUGCAUUCUAACCACAAGGACGGGUCUACUGGAUCUCAUGGCGGUCACGACCACGGAGAUCACGGCCACAGCGAUCACGACCACAGCGAUCACGGCCACAGAGAUCACGGCCAUAGAGAUCACGGCCACAGAGAUCACGACCACAAUCAUGUCCCCGAAGUGCAGACAGGCACAGACAUUCCUCCUAUCAGCCAGGAGCAGAAGCCCUCCGCACAGCCGGAGCCAUCCCACGCUCCUCAGGUGCCACAGUCAUCUCCCGCCCCUACAGAAACUCGGACCAAGAAGCCGAGAAAGCCAGCCAGGGUAAGGGGACAGCAUGGGCGAAACAAAACCCCUUCUCCGAACACUCAUCAGCCUGAGGCGCAGGACCAUGGUCACGGUCACGGUCACGGUCCCGACCACAACCACGAUCACAGUCACAGCCAGUCUCAUAAAGAUAAGAGAGAAGCUCCAGGAGGGCCUGCCUCCCCCACCCUGUCAGUCCCUGUUCUGCCUGGCCACCCUAAAGGAUUGUUUCACCAGCAUGAAGAGUGUUUGAACCUGACUCAGCUCCUCGCCUACUAUGGCCUGAAUCCUGAUUCGCUCAUCUCGCCCAGCCAGUUCACCUACCUGUGUCCCGCUCUGCUCUACCAGAUAGACAGUCGCCUCUGCAUCCGCCAUUUCCACAAGAUGGACGUGGAGCAGAACACCUUGGAGUCAGGCAGUUCUGUGUGGGUGUGGCUGUGGGGGUUCGUCUCAAUCACCAUCAUCAGCCUGCUGUCUCUGCUGGGCGUGGUGCUCGUUCCCAUCCUCAAACAGUCCUGUUUCAAGUUCCUGCUCACCUUCCUGGUGGCGCUGGCCGUGGGAACCCUGAGUGGAGACGCUCUGCUUCACCUGCUGCCUCACUCUCUGGGGCAGCACGACCACGGCGAGUACAAGGAGGAGAAAAACACUGAUCUGCUGACGGACUUUGAUGGGGUGUGGAAGGGCCUCACGGCGCUAGCUGGCAUCUACCUCCUCUUCAUCAUCGAACACUGCAUCGGCAUGUUUCAGCACUACAAAGACCACAGGGGCGCGAAGAAGGCUAAUGUGGAGGGCACCAUCGGCAGGAAGUUGUCAGAUCACAAAUUAAACCGCCGCUCGGAUGCAGAGUGGCUGCACCUGAAGCCUCUCAGUGAAGACCCUGAAGGCACCGCCGUCUCCUGUGACAAUGGUCACAAUGACACGCAGCUCUCAGAGCUCCAGACGCCCGACUCGCCCACCAACAAAACCCCGUUGCCCCCUGCAGUGUCCAGCCAGGAGCCCCCAAACAAGGAGAAGCCCAAGAAGCGCGGACACUCACACGGCCACGGUCACUCCCACGGGGGGAACUGCCACUCGGACCAGGAGAUGAAGGACGCUGGGAUCGCCAGCAUCGCCUGGAUGGUCAUCAUGGGCGACGGCAUGCAUAACUUCAGUGACGGCCUUGCUAUAGGCGCUGCGUUCAGUGCAAACCUGACGGGAGGCAUCAGCACAUCAGUGGCUGUUUUCUGCCACGAAUUACCUCAUGAACUCGGGGACUUCGCGGUACUGCUGAAAGCCGGGAUGUCCGUGAAGCAGGCCAUCUUCUACAACCUGCUGUCCGCCCUCAUGGCGUAUGUGGGCAUGGUGAUCGGCACGGCCGUGGGACAGUACACACACAACGUCACCAGCUGGAUCUUCGCCGUCACCGCGGGCAUGUUCCUGUACGUGGCGCUGGUGGAUAUGCUGCCAGAAAUGCUCCACGGCGACAGCGAGGACCACAAGCGCUGCCAGCUGGGUCACUUUGUCCUGCAGAACCUGGGAAUGCUGACCGGGUUCGGCAUCAUGCUGCUCAUCGCCAUCUUCGAAGACCGCAUCGUUAUCGAUUUUGGCUUUUAGUCUAGGAGCUAGCGGGGAGGGUAGCUGGGAAGUGAGAGCUGGGUGUAUCAAUAUUGUUCUCCAUGGCCUUAACAUGCUUUGUUUGCGAUGUAACGGCCCAGUCUUGCAUGCAGUGUGGGUCUCGUUCACGGCCAGUGCCUCCAUUCCAAACAUGCAGCGGUAGCUUAUGCAUAUCUCAUGACUCUGCCAGUGAUGUUUACACUCUGCUCCUCCAUUACCUCUCCUCUGUCGGCUCCAAUCUGUCUGCUCCCCUAGAGGAGAGGGGGGAAAAAAAAGGCCAAAUGAAAGAAGAGUGACCGGAGAAGGCCUCCUCCGCUCCAAACCAUUGACCUCCAUCUAAAAACGAGCUGCUAGGUGGCGCAGGGAAACGCAUCCCCACAGAGAGGCAGCUGUCACGGCCCAGCAGCUCAUCGCCUAUGCACCGUCACCUGUUGUUAGUGCGUUGUUGUCUCUCAUCCACCCUGUGCUGUGUCCCAUCAUCCAUGCCUCCUACAUCUGCCGUGCGUGUUCCACCCGCCAUCCAUCAUCAGCUUAUGAUGUCAUCACGCUGUGUGUCAAACAUCUCUCAAGCCCUGGCCACUGUAGCGGCACCGCAGCAGCUCCACAGAGCGACAGUGACGGAGGUUAGCUUAGCGUGUACACCUGGAAGAAAACUUUGUAGAGCUGAAAUAAUGUGACGACUAGGAGUAAAAAACUUAACUCAACCAUUUUUGAUAUUCGGUUAAUCGCUAGCGUCAUUUUUAACGGACAAAUGUCAGAAAAUGCUUUUGCCUCUUUAAUAUGGAGGCUUCCUGCUUUCUCAGUUUGAUAUAAGUGACAAUCUUUCUGUUGGGGAUUGAUAAAACAAAACGUUACCUCUGACUUUUAGAAGCUGGGAUAGAUAUUUUAAAUAAUUUUCUGACAUUUUAUUGACCAAACGAUUAAUCGAUUAACCUAGAAAAUGAACUUUCCAUGGCAGACCUUCUCAAUGGCUCAAUGUUAGUUUGUUUUUCGCUGCAACUUUUUUUCUUCCCAUUUAUGUUUUAUAUCAGUUAGAUUUUUGGGGGAUCAUUAAACUUGUGUAGUUCAUAGUGUUACCUAACACAGAUGCUAAUGCCUUUACAAAAUAGCAUUUACAACUUUUGGAUAGAAACAAUGAAUGUCUGACCUUUAAGGGUUUGACAAUCUUUAGCAAGAGGAGAUGUAUCCUCAUUACAUUUGUAUCUUUCAUUUAUAAGAAUCAGCAGUUUCAAAAUGUGAAUUCUGAAAAAGCUAGCUCUUCCUAUCUUCACCUAAAGAUGUUGUAGUUAGCUAGAUUUAUUUAGGGUCCCUCUAUGGGUCCAAUCGGACCACCCGGCAGUGGACCUGUAUUUACAGUAGGUAGGUGGAAAUGUCACACCAAUGCAGAUUUUUUUAAUGUACUGUAAACACAUGAAGUCUUUAUAACAUCAGUAGUAAGAAAGCACAGUUUUGUUGCUGCUAAAUAAUAGUUUUGAAGGUACAAGGAAUCAAUUCCUGACAAUCUACAACAGACCAAUCAGAAGAGGAACAAUGAACCUUGAGGCAGCUUCCCCUGCAUUGUAAUGGAUCAAAGCAUUCAUACAGAUCAUUAUUUUCAUUAUUUAAUUUUUAAUUUUUUUUUACAAGCAUUCCUUGCGUUUGUUCCCCAGGGUGUGCGUUAUAGUCACUCAGCUGACUGCCAAAUGUGACCGGAGUGUGGAUUUUCAGUGGCUUGUGCUUGACACCCCCCCCCCCCCCCCCCUCUCCCCCACAUUCCAUUGGCUGUCCCCGCAGCUAACAUGCUAGCGCCUAGCGUCAGUUGCUGGAGCACACAGGUUCUGUGUGUGUGUUUUCAUUUAUCCUGUCACUGUGUGACAUCCACAUCGUAUGUGUCAACUGGCUGUAAAUCAUCGUUGGUCUCAUCGAACCCGUGUUAUCGAUCCGACUGAACCAUGCAUGACGCAUGAGAGAAACGGUACAGACAUUGUGUUGAGUGUACAUUUGUUUUCAUUCUUUGUACUGCAAAGUUAAACUAUUGACAACCUUUGUUACUUUUUAAAUGAACUGUGCUUGAUGUUCAAGUUGAACUCUUUGGGGCGUAGUAUAAUGGAGAGAAUAUAAUUUGUCAACACUUCAUUUUAAUAUUUCCAUCUGUUCCUACACCACGAUACACACUGUUUAUUUGACUUCUUUCAGUUUCCUACGAUACACAUUUUGUAUUUUUUAAAGACUAAAUGUACUUUUUAUGAACAUUACUUCCCUACGAGGUCCUGAAUUUCCUGUGUAAUUAAAUGGUACUGUCUGGUGUGCGAUAAGGCUCCGUGACACUUAACACACUAUGCCCCAAAGCGGUUUCUCUUGUCCUCAUCAAGCAAGGAAUUGUCUGUAAAAUGAAGGUCCAUGAUUUGUUCUCACUUUUUGCUUUGUUGUAUGUAUGUUUGUUCAGUAAGCUGGAUAUAAAAUGCAAAGUGUGACAUCCUUUCUGUUCGCCUUGUCUGUGCAUUGUCCACUGUACGAAAGCAAAUAAACUGAAAAGGUCUCCGAUGC